AUGGCAGCGCCCUUGUCAGUGGAGGUGGAGUUCGGAGGCGGUGCGGAGCUCCUGUUUGACGGUGUGAAGAAGCAUCAGGUCACCUUGCCUGGACAGGAGGAACCCUGGGACAUCCGAAGCCUCCUUGUCUGGAUCAAGAAGAAUUUGCUAAAAGAGCGGCCAGAGCUGUUCAUCCAAGGAGAUAGCGUGCGGCCAGGGAUUCUGGUGCUGGUUAACGAUGCGGACUGGGAACUGCUGGGUGAGCUGGACUACCAGCUUCAGGACCAAGACAGCGUCCUCUUCAUCUCCACGCUGCACGGCGGCUAA